AUGUCAUCCCGUCGGAAUGGCUCUGUGUCCCGCGCAGCGGAGACAGCUUCUAAAAACCGGCUGCACAUGGACAGAAAUCCUCAACACACUAAAAUUACUGAUCCAUCAAAUCCAGCUGGACGUCGUAAGGAGAUAGAUAAUGUUAUGAAGAGAGCUCGCCAGUCUUCACCUGGCAGUUGGGACAGAAAGCUGCUGCAAGUUGAAGAGAAGGAUCCAAAUAGGAGAUAA